CUACUACGUGCUCAAUUCCUACACCAUUCACUGCUGACCAGCGGAUCACAAACCCUCCUCAUCAUAAUCACCACCGUCGAUCAACAACAAUGGCCCCGAUAGCCGUCGGCGACGUGAUACCGGACGGUACGCUCUCCUACUUCGACGAGGAAGACAAGCUCCAAUCUGUGUCCGUACACUCCCUCGCCGCCGGUAAAAAGGUUAUCCUUUUCGGCGUCCCAGGUGCCUUCACCCCCACUUGCAGCUUGAAGCAUGUACCAGGGUUCGUUGAGAAAGCAGAGGAGCUAAAGUCAAAGGGAGUUGACGAUAUUUUGUUAAUUAGUGUUAAUGACUCCUUUGUGAUGAAGGCAUGGGCCAAAACAUACCCUGAGAACAAGCAUGUGAAGUUCCUUGCUGAUGGGGCAGCGAAAUACACCCAUGCUCUUGGUCUUGAGCUUGACCUUGGAGAGAAAGGACUGGGCACUCGUUCGAGGAGAUUUGCUCUCUUGGUGGAUGACCUCAAAGUGAAGCUUGCAAAUGUUGAAACUGGGGGUGAAUUCACUGUCUCCAGUGCUGAGGAUAUUCUCAAGGCACUUUAAAACCACAUUCAGACGCAUCCUCUCUUUUGUUCCUGAGCUCCUACCCAGCAGGGUUUGUCUUUAGUCGUUAAAACUAGAAUGCGAUGGAUGUAAAAAUAAAAAGAUCCUCUUUACUUUUGGAUUGUGGAUAAAAUAUGCUUGCAUCAUAUUUUACUCACGGCAGUAGAUUAUGGGGAGUUAUGCCUACGUGAUGGAUGGGGAAUCAAAGAUGCUGUUUGCUGCUUUUUCUUUUGGA